AUGGAUCGCAUAACUGUCAUGCGCUGCUCAAGCAUGUCAGGAACGUAUAAGAGGAAACUGUUGGUUAUAGCAAAAAGCACUAAGUCUCGCUGUUUUAAAGAACUAAGGAUGGACAGUUUACCAGUUGUGUAUCGUGCGAACAGAAAUGCGUGGAUGACCUCUGAGCUUUUUAAAGAAUGGCUGAAGGAUUGGGACAGAAAGCUACAAUGCCACUCGAGAAAAGUGCUGCUUGACAAUUGUGCAGCACAUCCUUAUUUAGAUUGCUUGAAGAACAUCCAACUGGAAUUUCUAUUACCCAGGACCACAGCUUUUGUCCAGCCAAUGAACAUGGGCAUCAUCAAAAGUUUGAAGGCCCUUUAA